CGUUAGGUAGCCGGCAAGUGAAAGGAAGGCUUUUCUCUGUUAUCUUGAGCCACCAUUUGGCAGUAUUUCACUUGCGAGUGAGCCUGAAGGCUGCAGUCGUGGUAGUGAAUAGAUUUUCCGAAGCCGGCUCAUUUUUGAUUUCAGUUUAUCGGAAUUAUUCACGCGAUCAAGACACUCUCCCUUGAAUCGUAUUCAAGUUGCUGCAAUUAGUGGAAAGUGUUCGUGAAAAUCUUUUUGGGGGAAAAAAUAGACUUGGUGGCAUUCCGCGGCAGCUCGUUGUUUGGAGCGAUUUGAAAUGUGUGCAGUUUCCUUUUAUUAUGUGAUAAUGGUUCGGUGAGUGGAAAAUGCUGAGAGUUUCCCUUUGAAGCGUUGUUGCAUACUAACUGUGCAUUCCGACAAUUCGAUAGUGGGUGUAUGAUAGUGUCAUUUGUGCAGUUGCAUUCUGAGUGAAGUACGAGUAGUGUGACAGUUGGUUUAAAGCAGAUGGAGUGGUUUACGCCUCGUGACUGAAUUGUUCUCUGACGAAGGUCCAUACAUGAAAUCUGAAUCUGGCUUUUAAUUUCUGCGAAGGUGUCUACUUAAGGCGAUAAUUUUAUUCACAGACAGGGACCUUUUGUCGCUUGGGGGUAAUAAAAAGUGCUUCCGAGUUGGCAGAGCAUAAGGAAUGAGAUGACAGCAUCUCGUCGAAGCAGAAGAGAAUUCGUCAGCCAUGAAAGUGAAAAGGUUGUUUAAUUGCACAAAAGACCUUCAAGUGUUAUGAUGCCAGAGAACAUGAACAUCACACUUAGCAGACUAAAAGAUAGAACAACCUAGAUUUCAGGCAGAUAGAUGGUAGUUGAAUCUCUGCAGCGAUAAAAAGCAAAAGAGGAAAAAUGAAUUCGCACCGGAAUGCCUUAAAGGUUCGAAUUUGCUUCCAGAGAACUUAGUUGGCUAUUUCCGUCACAUUAUUAAUCUACGACCAAACAGGAGCAAACAGAAUUCAAGUUGACUGUGUGAACCUCACGAGCGCUUCGAUUAAUUGCAUCAAAUUCUACCACUGGAGUUACACCCACGUCCUCAUAUGUAAUUCACAUCGGACGAACCAGCCACUGAGCCGUACUCAGCGAAUGUGUAGCUAAUUUGUAAUUCCAACUGAGGAUUUGUCAACACUCAAACGUAGCCAAAUGGGUGCGAUGGGGCAAAAUGAUUUCGACCACUUCGACCUGCAGGAUGUGGACAAUUCAUCUCGUUACGAAAACGUUUCGAUGUACGCCGGGUACAAUUACUACGGGGACUGGAACGAGAGCUAUGCACAGCAGUUCAGCGAGGACGAAUACUGCAUAAACAAGUACCAGAAUGAAUCUUACAUGAACGUGUCCUGUGAUACAAUCCUUGAAUAUAGCAUGCCGUUGUACGGAUACUGCACACCCAUUUUGCUGCUUAUCACCGUAACGGCGAACACAAUGAUAGUUUUGGUAUUAAGUAAACGAAAUAUGGCCACUCCCACGAAUUGUGUGCUAAUGGCAAUGGCUAUUUGCGAUAUGUUGACAGUGCUGUUUCCCGCGCCUGGUAUAUUCUACAUGUAUACCUUUGGAAAUCAUUACAAACCUUUGUCACCAAUCUAUGCCUGCUACGCCUACAUCGCUUUCAACGAGAUAGUGCCUGCUAUGUUUCACACGGCGUCGAUAUGGCUGACGUUGGCGUUAGCUGUGCAAAGAUAUAUUUACGUAUGCCACGCUCCAGUGGCGCGUACAUGGUGCACAAUGCCGCGUGUGAAACGAUGCAUCCUCUACAUAAGUAUUGCAGCCAUCUUGCACCAAAGCAGCAGAUUCUUCGAUCGCUCCUACACCUCCAUCCCGAUUGAAUGGCACGGUCGACCAGCUGAAGUGUGCAGCACCCGGACCGCUCCUUGGGUGGAUAAAUACAUCGGCGAGGACGUCUACUACGUCGUCUAUUUCUUAUUCCGAGUCCUUUUCGUGCAUCUGCUACCGUGCGCAUUCCUCGUCACUCUCAACAUUUUGCUUUUCAAGGCAAUGAAAAAAGCACAGGAAAAACGCGAGAAGCUGUUCCGUGAAAAUCGCAAGAAAGAGUCGAAGAAGUUGCGGGAUGCAAACUGCACAACCCUCAUGCUGAUUGUCGUCGUGACGGUCUUCCUGAUAGUGGAGAUUCCGAUUGCAGUCAUAACCGCGUUACAUAUCAUCUCUUCCGCCGUCAUUGAAUUCCUCGACUAUCGGGUUGCAAACUUAUUCAUAUUGUUCGCAAACUUCUUCCUCAUCGUUAGCUAUCCAAUAAAUUUUGCCAUCUACUGCGGCAUGUCGCGACAGUUCAGAGAAACUUUCAAGGAGAUUUUCCUGAAACAGGCUGUCGCAAAAAAGGAUGGUUCGUCAAAGUAUUCACUGGUCAACGGACCAAGGACGUGCACGAAUGAGACUGUUCUCUAGGUGGAACUGGAUGUUUUUUGUUUUUAAGGUUUUGUAUUGUUUUUACGAUUUUAUAGGGACAAGUAUUAAAUGAAUUCAUCCAAUCGAAUUGUAAAUACAAUUGAACUGUAAAUAUCGAAUGUAAUGCUAGAAGAUUAAUUUUAUGUAAGGAUAAUUUCGAAACAAUAAAAUAGUUUUAUUUCGUAAAAUAACGAAAGAUUCAGUGUAAAUGUCAAAUGGCCGUGCUAAAAUAUGUUAAGGUAAAAACUUGAUUUGUUGCUAAGUUGUAGAAAUAUUGUGUUUCAUUUAAAUUGGUAAGACAGAGCCCUAAUUGCCGAUUUAAAUGAACUUGCUAGGAAUUAAUUGAUUUCGUAAGUAGAUACGCAUUAGAAGUUAUUUUCCUCGUUACACUUCAAUAUUUUAUAUUUUACUUUAUAGUUAGACUGUUAUGGCGACUAUUACUGUUUAAGUCAGUUUACGCGCUUUCAAUACAUUUUAGUUAGGCAAUCACAAAUUUUUGAUAUUGAGUCCUUGCUUUGUUAUGUUUUUACAUAGCCUAUUUAUAUGUAAUAAAUGUGUUUAAAGUUUUGUUAAUCCCAUCUACCGUGGACGUUUAAGAUUAACUCAUUGGAUAAAAGGAUUUAAUAACGAAAUUGACUCUCUUUACGAUUUUCAGGCCCUUCGUAAGAUAACGUAGAAGAAUGCGGAGAAAUUUAAGGAAAACUAAGUUGAAUUUGUGAGAUAAAUGGAAAUGAGAAAAUGUUGCUGAGUAAAUUCAUAGUUUAAACUCUUUUCGACAAAAAAGAUUGUAGGUUAUGUUAUAUGGUUGAAUUAACAUUGUAGAAGAUUUUGUAAAAAGAUAUCAAAGAGGAAACUGAAUUUAAGAAAUAUAAAAUGAU